AUCAACAGCCAGGAGCUUUGGGAAGAAAUGCUGUGUCUCAAAGGACUCAUUGUUGUUGAUGCAUUUCAAGCCUGGUGUGGUCCAUGCAAAACAGUCGUGGAUCUUUUCCGAAAAGUGAGGAAUGAAGUUGGCAGUGACCUCCUCCAUUUUGCUGUGGCUGAAGUUGACUCCAUUGAUGCUCUGGAACAAUACAGAGGAAAAUGCGAGCCUGUCUUUCUGUUCUAUGCAGGAGGAGAACUGGUAGCUGUUGUAAGAGGAGCGAAUGCACCGUUGCUGCGGAAAACCAUCCUGGAGCAGCUGGCGGUGAAAAGGAAGGUUCUAGAGCAUGGAGGAGAGCGUGAGGUGGUAACCAGCCACUGAAUCCUUC